AUGCAUUUCCCAUCCCUAAAGCAGCUCUUCGCCAAACCCUCCACCUCCGCCUCUGAGCCAGAAAAGAAGGGAAACCAGCCCCCCGAGAUUAACCAGGAACCACCACAACCAUCGAACCAGCAGCAGCCAGCCACCCCCGUCGAGAAGCAAGAUCCCCCUCCGUCCCAGCCGCCACGGCCGACACGGACGCCAUCGCCGAGGCGCAGGGCCUCGGAGGACUGCCACUAUCUGUGCGGGUGCAAGAACGACGCCUGCGGCAGGUCGGUGGAGGCGCCGGGGGACUUGUGUGAGGUUUGCGUGGCGCAUGCGUGCUGA